CGGGCGGGUCCCGGGGACGCGGUGCGCGUCGGAGCGAGCGCACGAGUCCCCGGCGCGCCCGCCGCGCUCGCCCCGCAGCCGCUGCCAGCCGGGCGCCGCCCGCGCUCUGGACCAGCCCGGGUAGCCCACCGAAGGCGUCCGCGGGGCCCCGGGGCGGGAGAGGAAGGGCCGUCCGCCUCGUCCCCGCUCGGCUCCCAGCACUGAGUCCCCUCCAUACGCCACCCGGACUGCGGGGCUGCCCCCGGGAGUCGCUGAGGCCGAGCACCCCGGGAAGGAGGAUCCCACGGACGCCUGCAGCCCGAGGUAAUCACCGUGGAAGACGGACGGGGCCGGUCCUCGCCCAGGAGCCCGACCCCGGGGGCUCGGAAUGCGGACUCCAGAAUGCGCACUCUCGAUCAGGACAAGUUUCUCGCGGUUUGAAGGGGUCCUGAAACCGUCACUAGUUAUUAUUUGAUUAGCCUUUCCUCUUGUGUUUUAAAUAAGUUUAUUUAGACAAUGGAAAAAAUAGCCUCCCGGAUGACUGUAGGUUUAUAAAUAUAAUCCCGAAAGUUUUGCAUGGUGUGGUUAUUUGCUUAUGCAUAUUUAUUAACCUUUAACUCUGCAGCUAGGCAGAAAAUUGACAUUUAAAAUAUUCUUUGAGGAACAUUACAAGUUCGCUGUUGCGUUCAGGCAUCGUGUUAUUUAUCAGCUUAGUUAGCAUCUGUCUUCCCGAAGCGGUACCAAAGCCUGUCCCUUGGCGACGGGUCUUGCAUGUGACACUCUUGCCCUCUAGUGCCUCACCAGCUUGGUAGCAGUUUGAUGGCUAAUAUUAAUAAGAUGUUACAUAACACAAGGGUACUGGGCCAGAACUGGUAUUGCUGCCGCUCGUGAAGCCAAAAAGCCUGAGCCGGUGGCAGUGGAUGCUGCUGUUUGAGUUUCUUUUAUAUCUGUUGAAAGUUUCUCAAGCAUUUUCGGUGCUUCCAACUUUAAUUCCAGGCUAUAUUUUCUGUGAGUCCUGAUCAAGUGACACAAAUGCGCUGCGAUGGUGACAUAAACUAUCGACUGAGACUGGAAAAGUAGCCGAAUACUAUAUUUUCUUUCCUUCUUUUUUUUCUUCUUCUUCUUUUUUUUUUUUUUUUUUAUGGUGCUUCUAUUGGGAACAGUCUGAGGGAAGUAUAUGCAACAUGAGUUUUAUCAUGAAGCUUCACAGACACUUUCAAAGGACGGUUAUUCUGCUCGCCACAUUUUGUAUGGUGAGCAUUAUUAUAUCUGCAUACUACCUGUACAGUGGCUACAAACAGGAAAAUGAACCCUCUGAGAUGAUGUCCGAAGUGGACUGUGGGGAUUUCCAGCACCUACCAUACAGGCUUAUGGAAGUCAAGACAAUGAAGCUUUCUGAUGCCUCGAGGACAGACCCCACAGUCCUGGUGUUUGUGGAGAGUCAAUACUCAUCACUUGGUCAAGACAUAAUUAUGAUUCUAGAGUCCAGUAGAUUUCAGUAUCACAUUGAAAUUGCUCCUGGAAAGGGGGAUCUCCCAGCACUUACAGAAAAAACUAAAGGCAAAUAUGUUCUCAUUAUUUAUGAGAAUAUAUUAAAGUAUAUAAAUAUGGACUCUUGGAACCGAAGCCUUUUAGAUAAAUACUGUGUGGAAUAUGGUGUGGGUAUCAUUGGAUUCCACAAAACUAGCGAGAAGAGUCUACAGAGCUUUCAGUUGAAAGGUUUCCCUUUCUCCAUAUAUGGAAACAUUGCAGUAAAAGAUUGUUGUAUUAACCCUCAUUCUCCAUUGCUUCAUGUGACCAAAUCUUCCAAGCUGGAGAAAGGUUCUUUACCUGGAACAGACUGGACAGUUUUCCAGAUUAAUCACUCAGCCUACCAACCAGUAAUAUUUGCCAAAGUAAAGACCCCAGAGAACCUUUCUCCUCCCAUCUCUAAAGGUGCUUUUUACGCCACUGUCAUACAUGACUUGGGGCUUCAUGAUGGAAUUCAGAGAGUUUUUUUUGGCAACAACUUGAACUUUUGGUUGCAUAAGCUCAUCUUCAUAGACGCUGUUUCCUUCUUGUCAGGGAAGAGGCUGACACUGUCCUUGGACAGGUACAUUCUUGUGGAUAUUGAUGAUAUUUUUGUGGGAAAGGAGGGAACAAGAAUGAACAUCAAUGAUGUUAAGGCCCUGCUUGACACUCAGAAUCUUUUGCGUGCACAAAUCACAAAUUUUACAUUCAACCUGGGAUUUUCAGGAAAAUUUUACCAUACAGGAACUGAAGAGGAAGAUGAAGGAGAUGACCAUCUUCUGGGGUCUGUGGAUGAGUUUUGGUGGUUUCCUCAUAUGUGGAGCCAUAUGCAACCUCACCUCUUCCAUAAUGAGUCAUCUUUGGUGGAGCAGAUGAUUCUCAACAAAAAAUUUGCUUUAGAGCACGGCAUUCCAACCGACAUGGGCUACGCAGUGGCCCCUCACCAUUCGGGCGUCUACCCUGUACAUGUUCAGCUUUACGAGGCUUGGAAGAAGGUUUGGAAUAUUAGAAUCACCAGCACAGAAGAAUAUCCGCAUCUGAAACCAGCCAGACACCGGAGGGGCUUCAUCCACAAAAACAUCAUGGUUCUUCCAAGACAAACCUGUGGGCUUUUCACUCACACAAUUUUCUACAAGGAAUAUCCAGGAGGUCCUAAAGAGCUGGACAAGAGUAUCCAAGGAGGUGAACUUUUCUUCACUGUGGUUCUCAAUCCAAUCAGCAUUUUCAUGACACAUCUGUCCAACUAUGGGAAUGACCGCCUGGGACUAUAUACAUUUGUUAAUCUGGCCAACUUCGUGCAGAGCUGGACCAACUUGCGACUUCAGACCCUGCCCCCAGCGCAGCUGGCUCACAAGUAUUUUGAGCUCUUUCCUGAUCAAAAAGACCCUCUCUGGCAGAAUCCUUGUGAUGACAAACGCCACAGAGACAUUUGGUCAAAAGAAAAAACCUGUGAUCGCUUACCAAAAUUCUUGGUAAUAGGACCCCAGAAAACUGGAACCACUGCUUUGUAUUUGUUCCUGGUUAUGCAUCCUUCCAUCUUUAGUAACUCCCCCAGCCCAAAAACCUUUGAGGAGGUACAGUUCUUUAAUAGAAAUAACUACCACAGGGGGAUUGAUUGGUAUAUGGAUUUCUUCCCAGUCCCAUCUAAUGUCACCACUGACUUUCUGUUUGAAAAGAGUGCCAAUUACUUCCACUCAGAGGAAGCUCCUAAAAGAGCAGCUUCUCUGGUGCCCAAAGCCAAGAUCAUAACCAUCCUCAUCGACCCCUCAGAUCGAGCAUAUUCCUGGUAUCAGCAUCAGCGAUCACAUGAAGACCCUGCAGCUCUGAAGUUUAGCUUCUACGAAGUGAUCUCAGCUGGGCCCCGUGCACCCUCCGAGCUUAGAGCCUUGCAGAAGAGAUGCUUGGUCCCAGGGUGGUAUGCCAGCCACAUCGAGAGAUGGCUUGUUUAUUUCCCUUCCUUUCAGUUGCUAAUUAUCGAUGGGCAACAGCUAAGGAUGGAUCCUGCUACAGUGAUGGAUGAAGUACAGAAAUUUCUAGGAGUCUCUCCUCAUUAUAAUUACUCUGAAGCUUUAACGUUUGAUUCUCAUAAAGGUUUCUGGUGUCAAUUAUUGGAAGAAGGUAAAACAAAAUGCCUAGGAAAGAGCAAAGGAAGAAAAUACCCUCCAAUGGAUCCUGAUAGCAGAGCAUUUCUGUCAAGCUACUACCGAGAUCACAAUGUGGAACUGUCCAAACUGCUACACAGACUGGGGCAGCCUCUGCCAUCCUGGCUGAGACAGGAGCUGCAGAAAGUGAGAUAGCACUGAGAAAACAUCUCGAGAAUCCAUCUGCCAUGUAACAUUCACCUUUCACAAAGCUUCCAGAAGCUACCAAAAGGCUGUUUAAAAAUAUACCUCUUCAAAUAAGAAAAAAAGAACAAAGUUCCUUCCAUGUGCUGGCAUGUGGAUGACUGGGGGAAAAAAACAAAAACAAAAACAAAAAACAAAGAAAGAAAGAAAACAUACCUGUUACAAGCCUUGAGGCCUAUGGCCUUUCUCUUAAUCCAUAUCUGAGCCUGUGGGAUUAUUGUAGACUACUGUGCACUCAUGUGGAAGUCAACUGCAACCAAUAUACGUGUCAGAUGCAAAUGCAGAAUUGUUCCAUUUCAUAGUAAUAUUUACACUUUUAUAUAUCAACUAAAAUUGUGUCUCUGUAGAUUUUUAGAUCACUGUUUGCCUGUAAAAUGUUUUCUUAUUCUUUGAUCCUAUAAAGUGUCCUACAAAACAAGAAGCAAAAUAAACAUCAUAAUGUAGCAUAAAAUGCCAAAGGCGUAAUACCCAUGAAGAAUGCUUGCCAAGAUAUAAAUCCACUGGAUACUUAGAAAGAAUUGUAAAUUAUAAUUUGUUGCUAGAUCAGAGAGUGGAAAAGUUCUCUACGAGGUUUAUCUAUAUCAAAAUAAAAAGGUAAGUGCUAUAGCAAAAAAAAAAAAAAACCUGAUUUUUCAUACACAUACUCUAGUGCAUUUAUGUAAAAAUUACUAACUCCUCUGUAGUAAUUGUUAUACUGAGAUAUGUUGUAAAGCCAUCGAAACGUAUAUGGAAACAUGCUGAAUAUACUAAAACAGUAAAUGGUAAUGUAAAUUGUACUCACGAAAUCCUCUAAAAGGGAGAAAUUGCAGGGGUCUGAAGAUAUUAUCAUUGACAACUUGUAUUCUCUUUUUGUGAGCUACAAACCUACUCCAAUAGUUCUCACUGGUUCUACAGAAACACUUGCAUAGAAUGUGAGCUAUGUGUCAUCUCCAGAAACAUACUGACUUUUAAAAGUAAAAACUUUUUUAAAAAUUUUCUCCAGAACAAGACCUAUUAAAUGAAAACUAAGCACAGUGUCUUUAGAUGAUGUUAUUCACAUUUAAAUUAUAGAAAAAUUGCAUCUUUCCAGAUAGUUCAAAAUGAAAUUGUAUAAUGUAGAGAUUUAUAACAAAAAAACAAAUUGAUAUAUGAUUUUUAAUCUCAUAUUUCCCAUGAUACUUUUAAUAUAAGGCAGAAGAAAAUAAGCCAGGGCCAUGUCUCCCUUUUUUUAGAAUAUUUUGUAUGUUCUCUCAUGAAAGGCAAUAAAACAUAGUUAAAUAUAAAGAUUAUCUACCAAAUUAAAUGGAGGAAGUACAAAGAUGAGGCAGACAUGAUUCCUUAACUUAAACUUUAAUUGAUCAUAUGGUUAAUAAAGUAUUCAGAAAAGAAUCAUACUUAUUGUCCUAUGCUUACAUUUAAUUAAUUUUUAAAUUCACUGUACAUAUAAAAAAAUUAAGUAGCAAAUUCCCUGCUAUGAUUACAUAAGCCAUUAUAAAAUGUUAUCAUAAGUAUGAUCAAGAAAAAAAAAGAUAUGCAAGGAAAAGUCAUAGCCCAAAUAUUUUCUUGGUCAUUAUAAUGUGUGAAACUAAACUCUAUCAAUUACUCACUAAUUAGAAAACAAAUUCUGAGACCCUUCCACUUACUACAUUAUAGUUAUUAAAUAUUUUUUAAGGUCUUAUGCUCCCAAAUGAUACACUGUUUUAAACAAAUACUCUAAUAGCCAAAAGAACUGGAGAAAGAAAAAGUUUUCAAGACCCCUACUGUAAAAGCAAUAUCAAAGUCAUUUGGACAAAUAUGGUGAACUCAAUCUUCAUGCUUACUGCUAGCCUUUUUAAAGCAGCAUUUGCCCAGCAUGGUAGGAAAAUGAAUGUAGUGUUUCACCUCCACUAAUUUAAGAAAACUGGCUUAAGAGGGGCACACAUAGUGAGAGUAAGCCCCAGCGGUUAUAUACAGUAUCAUGGUUUUAUUUUGGCAUUUCUACUGAUAAAAAAAAAAAGAAAAAGAAAAAAAUGAUACAUUUGUGUUUUAAUGAUGAGACGUGUAUUUAAAUUUCUAAACAAAGCUGCUCCUGGCACAAUUUUGUCUAGGUAAACUGAGUCAAGGGAACAUCAUACCCUUUAAGAUAAAUGUUAAAAAACAUACUGGAUGCUUGUAUAAUGAAGGAAAAAGGAAAAGAUCAUACCAAAAUUUACUCAUUCACAGGAAAGGCAUUAUGCUAUCUAUAGUAGCAAACCUUUGAAAGGAUUUUUGACCACUUAAUAUAUCUUGGAGGCAACAUCAAAUUCUAGAGUACAUACAUACUUUCUACAUUAUAUACUCCAGCUGGUUAUUAAGAUAUUCUAAAAGUAACAUAAAUACAUAUGAGAAAAGAAUGAGAGCUAAUGUGAUUUAAAACUGGCUUUGUAUAGAAUUCCUUUUUCAUUGCUUAAAAUUGGAACUUCCUCAGGAAGAAAUGAAAUGGUUAUUUCAAUGUUUAUAGCUAUGAUAUUCUUGUCAUUCACAUUGAAUGAAAAUUACUGGAAACAUUUUUUCUCUGAGUUUUUUAAAAUAAAAAAGCUGAAUAUAAUUCUGAUAGUAGCAUGGUACCUCAUAUGUACAACAAUAAACUGUGAU